CAUCUUGCUGCUUGACAGCGCAAGUUUGUCCCUGAUGUCGGAUGCGGCUAUUGCAGUAAACAUUGCUGGAUAUACUGGAGAUAGCUGCUUUCACAUUCCAGUGACCACUUCCAGCACAGCUGGUGGCAUCAUUGCGUUGGUGAAGGAGUGUUUGCCACAGUGUCUAUGGCAUGGCAACACGAUGCUCUCAUGUGGACUUCAUCAACUACGGCCCGACACCAUCGUUGAUACGCGCAGACUUGGUGCCUGGGUUCUAAUCAACUUCUCAGAGAUCAGCAACCAGGAGAUGUGUUCCAUCCUCGACACUGCCGAGCGUGGGAUGACUCUCAAGCAGCUGCAAAAGCUGUUGGCUUUCAUCUCAAAAGUUGCUGACCAAUGUUGUGAAACCUUCGGAGAUCAUCGUGGCAGACAGCUACAGUUCGAGACGUUUAACUUGUAUCACACGAAUCACUGGAUCAUCAAGCCAGCCACGGAAGGUUAUGGCGGCAAGGGCUGCAGUUUGGUCGAGGUCAUGGCAGUAGAAGUGCAGAGACCCCACUGGUUUGUGUCACAUGCUUGGAUUGAGCCUGUGUACAAUUUUUUGGCCUGCUUGGAGCAGCAUGCUUUGGUCCGAAAGCUGUCAAUGAGCACCGCAUUUUGGGUCUGUGCAUAUGCUAACAAUCAGCACUGCGUGGCGGAUGAUAUUACAAGCAACCCACGCAGCACUUCGUUCUACCGGGCUAUGCAAAUGUCGCAGGGCGUGCUUUUGGUGCUUGAUUCAGGUGGAACUCCUUUUGAAAGAAUUUGGUGUUGCUUCGAAGAGUCCGUUGCCAUUGAGCAUCGAGAAGGCAAUUGGUCCAGAAGUCAUUUGUUGUUGGAUGUAGGUGCCACUGAUGCACAGAACCAUGCUCAUGUGCUUACUGACGGUCUGGCUGGAGCCGAGAGCUGUAUGAUUGGUAUUGUUGGCUUGUACCAGAAGUCAGUCCGAGAACGUGCUUUUCCUUUAAGCCUUUUGAAGAAAGGCUUGGAGGUGAAGAUCGAAGAAGCAAAGGCUACGGAGCAGAUUGACAAAGAUCGAAUUCUGAAGAGCAUUGCUUUUCCCCGUGCCAAAGAGCUAGAGGAUUCCCAGUCCACUCCUACAGGACAUCCGAACUUUCAGCGAGUUGAUGAAGCUCUUGCUUCGCACUUUGCUUUAGCAAGUUGGUAUGGCUUCGUUUGGGGUCGCAGACCUACAGAAUCCCUUGCAAGGGCUUUGCGGGCAGAUGUUGGUCGAAAGGUGGUGCAGCUUUCAUUUACUGGCUGCCAACAUUUCUCGGACGGCGAACUUGAAGUGCUGCUGCAGAACCUCCCUCGUGAUCUGAGAGUCUUGCGAUUGGAUUUGGGUUUUUCUGCUCUUGAGACUUUGGAUUUUGCAGCGAAAAUUGGGCCAGAUGGUUUGCAGUUUUCCAAGUCCUUGGUUGAACUGACCUUGCGCUUCACUGGUUCAUCAUCAUUCCGAAGUGCAGGAGGCCUUGCAGUCUUGCUGAGAGAGAUGGAGAAUCUCGUCAACCUGGAAAUCUGGUUCAUGAACUUGCCGAGAUUGAAUGAUCUCGGAUCUUUGAAUUCAGCCUUGCUAUGCUUGGAGAACUUGGAGGAUUUGAUAUUUGAGCUCAGUGGAUGCCAAGUCUCAUUGGAUGUCAGGAGAGAGCUUGACCAAAGCAUCAGGUCUUUGAAAUGGACGAGAGGUAGCAGCUUGGAUAUGUGGGUACACAUCGAAGGCUUCCCAAGUGGCUGGUGUGAUUGGCCAUUUGGGAGCCAAAUGAGGAGCUUCCGGUCGCUGUGCUCCCGGUGCUUCACUUGGUUCGUUAAGCCGCAGCGAUCUCGAAGCAGCAGCAGCGCGAGCAGCAGUAGCGGCAGCAGCAGUAGCGGCAACAGCAGCAGCAGAUUUGGUAGGCUUGCUUAUUCCAGUGAUGAAGCUGAGAUCGAAGGAAGCGAGACAGAGAUCGAAGAAAAUGAAUUGGACCUGCUGCUUGAUGAAGCAAGACCAUUCCCUUGUAGCCAUUUUGCAUGCGCUUCCUUUCAUGCACAGCUGCAUGGUUAUUGUGAGAGGCACCGCUGGUUUGGCCUUGCCAAGAGGAUGUUUGUUCGAUUAAACACUGUGCGCCAGCUGUUAGAGCUUAGUUUGCUCAUCCUCACGCAAGCAGCAGCAGAGAUAGAAAGCAGACAUUUGCUCCUACUGAUUAUCAUAAGUUUGUUGCCUGCAGCAUGCUUAAGCAUCUCGCAAAGCACAGGAGUGCCUGGAACAGUGGCUUUUUUGCUCAUUGUCAUCAUUGCUGUGAGCAGCAUUGCUUUCACAACAGCUCGGCUCCAGCGGAUGCAUGAUCUCUCAAAGCAGCUGGAAAUCCAGGUGGAGUCGAUGUAUGCAAAACAUUUGCAGACUGACAUGUCCAGGCUAUUUGGUGGCGGAGAAGGUUGUGACAAAGACAUAGUUCAACCUCACAUCAACAGCCUGAAAGAACACUUCAUCGAAGCAAGAAAGCGGUUCGCUAAAUUCAACAAAGAAAUAUGCCUGCCACUGCAGCAGUUCCUGAAGGAACGUGGUUCCCUUUCAGUCCCAGCUUUGCAUGCUUUGCACCCUGCAUUGAAGUUGUUGACAUGUGCACAAGAGGAUGUUAUUCGGGAAGGAAGUCCCAAUCACAUCGCGGAUAUCCUGUAUUGUGAUGUUACCUUUUACAACUGGGACCAGAUGAUGGAUGCCUGGCAUUUCCUGAGAACAAUAGCAUCCGAUGAGUUGAAUCAUAUUCAAAUCAUGUCCCUUCGUGACUUGUUUGCAGUUGCUACGACUGGUCGCAGAUGUGCUGAGAUGGUUCUGAGGAUCGACGGCUAUUUCGCCACGAUCCGUUUUCUCGACAGAGCCGUGACCGAACUUGAAGACCAAAUAGACCAUGUGCACACCUUGGCUAGGCAGUUGGGCCUUGUGGCGAGCCAUUUCCAGAUCGACCCGCAGCUUGUUUCAGGACGACGUGCGCGACGCGCAUGGAAAGUGUCGAGGCGACCUACAUGGUUGCGCGCUGCUGUUUCUGCCCUUCGCCUUAUCUCGUCGCUUGCUGCGAUGUACCUUGCGAUUCAGUAUUUCGUUCGAUACAGUCCACCGUUUCUCCGUUCCAGCCUGCCCAAGCUCGUCAAGGACUUUGUUAGUCUCAAAGAAAUGGUUACCUCUGAUCAGCCCGGUGAGCAAAUCAGAUCGGGAAGCGCUGACUCAGUAGGGGGACGUGGUUCUAAUCCAGGCUGGUUGGAGAAGAGUCGAUUGAUGUUGCCUUCCAUUCUAUUCUCUUUGCCCUACCUAGCCUUGACGAUCGUCCUCUUAAGCGACUUGCACCGCCGUUCAAGAAAACAGAAGCUGAAAGUGAAGCCUACCCAGUUGCUCUACGAGGAGUACUUUGGUACCCAAGGGAGAUUUUAUUCGUUGAAAGUGGCAAUCCUGCAGUUUUUCACUGUGAUGCUACAAGCACUUGGCAAGUUGCAGAUCAUGGGUGGUAUCGUGUCUCUAUCAUUUCAUCCAGCUGGUGAGCAUGACGUAGUUCCAUUCCAACGAUGCUUCUGGGCGUUUGUCGGCUUCCUUUGUUUAAACAGCAUUUAUCCGAGCAUUCUGUUUCUUUUCCCCUCUCAGAACUGGGCCCGCCUGGGCGCCGCCAUGAUGGAUGCCAUUCUUGAUGUUGCCUACACCAGCACAUAUCUCAUCAUUGCUGUGCUGGCCAUCUAUGAGCUAGGGCUGGACCAAAAGAUUGCAGGGAACUUUGGAGACGCCCCUGCGGUCAACUUCAGAGCUGCAUUGGAUCCUACGUUUGCUUUCCCGACAGACUUCCUAGGCUUCUUUGCUGUUUUCUACUCACUUGCACAUGUGUGCUCCGUUUGUCGCGCUGUUGAACGCGAUCGGUUUGAACACUCAUCCGAUCGCUUCGAUCGACGAAGCUCACAUAGCACUGUCCAGUCCGCCCGAAUGACCAGAUGUUGCAAAGUGCUGUAUUCGCCAUGCUUGCUGGUGGCAAUUCUUUGGUUGUUGCUUUCAACGGAUGCCUACCCGACUCACUCCACAGACUUUGGAUGUUUUCCAUGUCGUUGCAAGCAAGUGGCACCUGGCUCAAAGGAACUCAUCAGUUGUGGCCUUGCUGGUGUUCUGAAGCUGAAAGAUGUAAGUUUGAGCAAACAAGAGAUCAGCAGUGUCGGAAUGUAUGCUUUCAGGUCGUUGGGUCUAAUACAGCGCUUGUCUCUACAGGGGAAUCAAAUAAGCGUUUUGCCCAAGAAGAUCUUUGCUCCUUUGCGUGGCUUGCAACUCCUGGAUUUGGCCCACUUGGGACUGGAACGUGUGGAGUCUGAGACCUUUCUAGGUUUAUCAUCGUUGAGGAUAUUGUUACUGAGCCGAAAUCACUUGCAGCAGCUGCCAGAAGACUUGCUCCGCCCAAUGCCAGCCCUAGAGCAAUUGUUGCUGGGCGGGGGGACUGAUAAGGACGGUACUUACAUCAUUGAUGGGAACAAACUUGGUGUUCUUCCAAGUGACCUUUUGAAGCACAGCCCAUGCUUGAGGAUUUUUGAUGUGAGCGAAAACAAAUUGAAAUCACUUCCAAGCGGCAUAUUUGCGAAACAGUCAUUGCUGCAGACUGUCGAUCUGCGAAACAACCAGCUCAGACAGUUGCCUCCCGAAAUCUUCGCAGGCCUGAGCAACUUGCAGUACCUCCACCUGAACAACAACCAGCUCAGUCAGUUGCCUUCCGAGGUCUUUGCAGGCCUCCACAGCUUACACAUACUUGGGCUCGGCUUCGACCAGCUCAGUGAGUUGUCUCCUGAAAUCUUCGCAGGCCUCAGCAACUUGCAGUCCCUGAACCUCAAAGGCAACCAGCUCAGUGAGUUGCCUCCUAAAGUCUUUGCAGGCCUCGGCAUGUUGCAGAUUCUCAGCCUCAGCAGCAACCAGCUCAGUAAGUUGCCUCCUGGAGUCUUUGCGGGCCUCAGAAGCUUGCGGGAUCUCUACCUCCUGGAUAACAUCCAGCUCAGUGAGUUGCCUGCAGUUUGUGAUCAUGGAUCUGUGAAUUGUCGUUGGGGCGAUAUGUCGUAUUACGGGUACUCAGAGGGAUGAUCUGGGAUGUCUUCCCAGAACCUUGGACAUGGCAGCACGAAAGGUUGGAAGCAUCUCGCGCGCAUGUUGUGUUAUCAUUAUGUCAUUAUGUUGCAAUGUGUUGCAUAUAUACAGCUCAUGCACGAUGUUUUUCAGUGAUCCGUCGCAGAACAUCAUAGAAUCAUGCUGAUCACCCGCUCCUCGCGCCUUCGGCUUUGCGUCCUUCGUCGGAGGCAAACGUCGAGUACUUCACCCAGUACUUCGUGGUGACACCGCAGAACCCAAUGCUCGAGGAGCCGUCGGGGCGUGGAGUUCAUCGGUUGGGAGGCGGUCGCUCUCGCCAGCAGAUGGCGGUUUGUGAGGCUGAGAAGCAUCAGACCGCCAUUGCCACGACCUGUCCUCAUAGUGCCAAUGGUCUGAUUUUGCAGCUGAG